UGUGUGGCAGUCUUCAAAGAAUUAAGAUUCCCCUCUAAAUGAUGACAUCACCAUCCCUAGACUACUCAAGGAAAAUAUGUCUGCUUCCCUUCGUGAAGAUGUCACAGUCCAGUUGUAUGAUGGCCCCAAGAAGCCUGAUAUGCCCCAAGCUGCUACAUUGACUAAUGUCAUGUCACAAGCAUUGCUACAUGACCAACGCAUUGCUUUAACCCAUGCUCAAAAUCAGGACUUUGAUUUCCUCUGUGAUGUAACAAGAGGUAAGCUAAUUCCAGAGUAUGGUGGGUACAAUACAAAGUCAGCGAGGGAAAAGGGACAUACAGCAAGAGCAGCUACCACCGCAACAUACCAACCUCUCAUUGAUAUGAAGCAAGCAGAUCCAAGCACAAUGAUGACAAUGAAGCUCAGAGGUUAA